UCAAACCCUAGGGUUUUAGGGAUUCGAAAGCAGUGAAAAAACAUAGUAGAGAUCACUGGUUGGAAAGCGGAAUUCGGACCUUUGCGUUGCGUGUAUUCAUUGAGAGAGAAAGCCUGGAUGGAGAAAUCAGUGGCGACACUGGACAAAGGCACAACCUGCUCGUCGUGGAACUACUGCGGCCAGAGGUUGGCCACUGGUUCCGAAGACGGAACGCUGGCCAUAUUCGAUUCGGCCAAUCCUGCUUCUUCUUCUUUCACUUGUUCUUCUAGAUCCAAGGUUCAUGCAGUUAGCAUUGUGAAAGUUGCUUGGAUUCCUCCAGAAUAUGGUGAUGCGGUUGCAUGCAUUUGUGCAGAUGGAACUUUGUCAUUGUGGGAGGAGAUUGUGGAAGAUGCAAAACCUCUUCAAUGGAAGCUUUGCAAAGAGUUCAGAAAAAAUACAAAUCAGGUGCUUGAUAUCCAAUUUGGAGUCUCCUUCACAGGUUUGAAGUUGGUUGCUGCUUAUUCAGAUGGUCAAGUGAAAGUGUACGAGCUUCUGGAUCCAUUGGAACUGAAGAAUUGGCAACUUCAGGCAGAAUUUCAGAAUGUUAUUAAUUCAGUGUCAAAAUUUGGAAACGCUGCAUGCUUGUCUGCAUCUCUCUCUUGGACUCCACAAGGAGGUGAAAGCCAGCAAUUGAGUUUUGUUCUUGGUUUUAAUUCUAAUGUAGCACAACUAAAUUCUGCAAAGGUGUGGGAAUUUGAUCAGGAUCAUCAAAGAUGGCUCCCAGUUGCUGAGUUAUCUUUACCUGAGGAUAAUGGUGAACCUGUCUAUGCAGUUGCAUGGGCACCCAAUAUUGGCAGGCCAUAUGAAGUAAUAGCUGUUGCAACUGAGAAGGGAAUUGGAAUAUGGCAUAUUGGAUUGAACCCUGAUCUUGAUGGAAGGCUCUCUGUGGAAAAGGUCGGGUUGCUGUCUGCUAAGGGAGGAAAGGAGCUGUUGCAUCUCUCCUGGAAUGAUCUCAUUCCAAUUGUCGUGUUGCUGGUGUGGCAGAUGGAGUGGGACAUGAGUGGAAUGACACUGGCAACUGUUGGAAGCGAGAGUGUUGUGAGGCUAUGGCAAUGCAACUUAAAUGGCGCUUGGCAAGAACAGGCAGCUUUCGAACCCACCACCUAGCCGGCAUCUGUUCUUUCUCUUUUGAGGGUAACUGACUAUGCCGUAUCUUGCUUACAUUUUGUUUUGAUGAAUUCUAGACUAGCAGUCUCUUGUAUAAACUGCUUCCCAGUUGUGGUAUACAGGCUAAAUUCUAUAUAAAUUGAAAUCUGUAUACAAUCCUCUCCGUAAAGAAUUCAUUAAAAGGAGCCUGAUUUCUGAGUUUCA